AUCAAAAGGAGCGGAUUCCGCAACGCAAACGCUGAUACCCGCGACCUUGUCUCGAGGAAUGCCCGCGUCGUCUCUUCGUCUCCCCUUCCCCAUCCUCUGACAUGGCCCUCUUCGUUGCUGCGUCGUCUUCCUCUCUCCCCUCUGCCCUCUCGCGUCUGCACUUUUGCUCCUCAAAUCUGCCCAAGAACGUCGCGGCUUUUGCGUUCUCUCACCGCGCCACUGCUUCUUUUGCCUCCAGCUCUGUAUUUGGCAGGCGUCUUGUUGGGUCGUUGGUAGGGUUCACUCUGGGGAACGCUGCCUCCUCCACCUGUGUACGAGGCAUGGAGCCCGUGAAUGCUGCUGCCCAGGUGCAAAGUGGCAGCUCUAUCUACGACUUCGUUGUAAAGGAUAUUGAUGGGAACGAUGUUGAGUUGAGCAAGUAUAAAGGGAAGGUUUUGCUCAUUGUCAACGUUGCUUCAGCAUGUGGAUUGACGACCACGAACUAUACGGAGCUUGCGGGCAUUUACUCCAAGUACAAGAAUCAAGAUUUUGAGAUUUUGGCUUUCCCCUGCAAUCAAUUUGGAGGUCAGGAGCCCGGUUCAAAUGCACAGAUCAAGCAAUUCGCUUGCACAAGGUUCAAAGCCGAGUUCCCCAUUUUUGACAAGGUGGACGUUAAUGGUCCUCAGGAGGCGCCCGUUUACAAGUUCCUGAAGUCUCAGAAGAGAGGCAGCAUUCUGGGAGACACCAUCAAGUGGAAUUUUGCAAAAUUCCUUGUUGACAAGAACGGGAAUGUCGUCGAUCGCUAUGCACCCACCACUCCACCAUCAAAGAUAGAGAACGACAUCCAGAAAUACCUGAGAAGUUAGGCGUAAUUAGUUCGGUUGAAGGGCAUGGCGACGGGAGUUAACGGUAUUACGCCCUGUGAUUUAUUUCUACUUUCCGGAAACCGUGGAAUAUUUAGUCUUGCUAUUGGCUUGUUCUCAAAAUGUUAGAUUGUAUUACCAAAUCCAUUUUUGCCUCUAAACCUUCCAGCUAAAUUAUUUUUAUCAACUAGUGGAGCAGUUAUCAGCUCAAAGAAGAAACAUAUUUCACCUGUAUUUCAUUCUAUCUUUUUUAAAAAAUGCGGUCCCAGUUCAGGCCGUGAUAAUUGAUCCUGGCA